AUGCGUCUUCUGCAACGCAAGGACGGCGAUAGAUACAGCCUGACAGAGUUUGUGAGCGAUGACAUCCCACGUUAUGCCAUCUUAUCCCACACCUGGGGCCCAGAUCAAGAAGAGGUCACUUAUGCAGAUCUGGAGCAAGAUGCAGGUACGACUAAGGCCGGCUACCGGAAACUCCAGUUCUGCGCAAAUCAGGCAGCCAAAGACGGUCUCCGCUACUUCUGGGUCGACACUUGCUGCAUCGACAAGUCGAGCAGCGCAGAGCUGACUGAGGCCAUCAACUCUAUGUUUGCCUGGCAUCGCGACGCUGCCCGAUGCUACGUGUAUCUAUCCGAUGUUUUGACCAGCAGCCUCACCAGCAGCACGCCUGCACAACAACACUGGAACCGUGCGUUCCAGCAGAGCAGAUGGUUCACACGAGGCUGGACGCUUCAGGAACUAGUUGCCCCGAUGUCAGUCGAGUUCUUUUCAGACGAGGGCGAGCGGCUUGGCAAUAAAUACUCGUUGGUGCAAGAACUCCACGACAUCACUGGGAUCAGCGUUGAGGCUCUCCAGGGAAGCCGUCCACUGGACCAACUUAGCGUCGACGAGCGCAUGUCAUGGGUAGGGCAACGCCAGACAAAGCGCGAAGAGGAUGCAGCGUAUUCACUGCUAGGCAUCUUCGACGUGCAUAUGCCGCUUAUAUAUGGUGAAGGUCGGAGGAAAGCGUUUGCCCGGUUGCAGAGGGAGAUCGACACAGCUUCUAGCGAAGCGCGUUCUACUCUACCUCAGAGCGACAUUUCGCAAAGCCAUGGCUAUGCUACACAUGCCUACAGUGGACCUGUCUUUUACGGAUCUAUAAAAGGUCGCUAUGUGGUACCAGGAACUCACGUCACAGGGGGUACAGUUAACUUUGACUUUAGAGAAUAG